AUGCACGCGAUUCUUGCGGCUUUGCUGUCUCUCGCGACGCUCGUGGGCGCUGCGCUUUAUUCGGACCCGGCUCAGCUCCCUCAGAAGGAGUAUGACUUUGUCAUUGUUGGCGGCGGCACAGCGGGCAACGUCCUUGCGGUCCGUCUAAGCGAAGUUUCCAGCUUUUCCGUCCUCGUCAUCGAGGCUGGUCCUUCAAACACGGAAUAUCCGGAAAUUGCAAUCCCUUUUGAGUUCUCCUCGGUGCUCGCCAAUCCGAAUAUAUCCUGGAACUAUUACACUACACCGCAGAUUGGUCUCAACAACCGCUCUAUCAGCUACCCUCGUGGCAAGGUCCUCGGUGGCUCCAGCUCAAUUAACGCCAUGAUAUGGACGCGCACCUCCGUCGACGAUUGGGAUCGCUAUGCGGCCGUCACAGGCGAUCCUGGGUGGUCUUGGAAUGCUAUGUUUCCUUACAUGCUCAGGACGGAAGGCCUCGUCCCACCUGCAUCAGACCCUACACCAGCCAACCCCGGAUCCGGGGAGUUCAACUUUGCUACCGACUACGGCAGGCUCAACCCUGCCGUGCACAACACUACGGGCCCAGUUAAUGUCAGCCUCGCGGGUUAUCCCGGUGACAUCACCUCGCGAGUUUUCCAAACAUCGUUCGAACUGCCCGAGCUGUUCCCAUACGUACUCGACGCUAACGCAGGAUACCCGCUCGGUGUGGGCUUCGCGCAGUACUCCAUCAACAGCCUUGGGAGACGGAGCAGCUCUGCAACGGCAUAUCUCGAGCCGGCGAUCAAUCGCUCUAACCUCGACGUGCUCAUCACCACGCAGGUGACGCGCCUUAUUGCCGCCGUGGACUCGGCGAUUACGAGCCUGCCGACGUUCACUACAGUCGAGAUAGCACAGAGUGCUAACGGUACACGCUACACCGUCUCUGCGAACAAGGAGAUCAUCCUCUCCGCAGGAUCAAUCAACACGCCACAGCUACUCCUACUGUCGGGGAUUGGCGCACCGUCCGCGCUCGCUGCGCACGAUAUCACCCUGCUCGUCAAUUCGUCCGGCGUCGGUGCCGGGCUGCAGGACCACCCGUCGCUCGAAAGCCAGUGGUAUGUCAACUCGACCGGUACGUUCGACACUGUCCUCCGGAAUGCGACUCUGCAGGCGGAAGCAUUAUCCCUGUGGGAAAGUGAAGGACGCGGUCUGUACGUUGAGCCCGGCGACGUCCAGGUCGUGUGGAAGAGGCUAGAGAACGAGAACGUUGUCUUUGGACCGGGCGGGUAUCUGGAUCCCGCAGCGGGCCCGAGCAGUCCACAUAUCGAGAUGUUGCCAAAUGAUGGAUUUGUGUCGAUUAUCGAAAGUCUGCCUGACACGGGUAACUUCCUCACGAUGGUGACGAGCGUCGUGUCCCCCGCAUCACGCGGCAGCGUCACACUCGCCUCCGCCGAUCCGUUUGACGCACCGUUGAUUGACCCGGGUCUCCUCUCUGACCCAUUUGACGUGCUCGCGGCAGUGCAGUCUGUCAAUCAAUCGCGUCAAUUCCUCUCCGCACCGACGUGGGAUGACUACAUCCUGCGCGAGGCGCCCGACCUCGCCGCCGCGCAGAGCGAAGCGGAGCUCGAGGCGUACGCGCGCAACGGAGCGUCGACCAUUUGGCACCCCACGGCGACGGCGCGCAUGGGUGCGCCGGACGACGAACUGGCGGUGCUCACAUCGGACCUGCGGGUCAAGGGUGCGCAGGGACUGCGCGUCGUGGAUGCUUCGAUAUUUCCGUAUGUCCCCGCGGGGCACCCACAGGCGUGCGUAUAUGCGGUGGCGGAGCGCGCCGCGGAUCUUAUCAAGGAGGCUUGGGGCGUACUCUGA